AUGAAGAAUAGCGGGAAUGAUUUGGACGCGAUUCAGCAGCAGGCAGCAGCUGAAGCGGUUGUGGUGAGGCAAUGGUGGGCUGGGUCGAGGUGGCAGAAGACGAAGCGGAUCUACAGUGCUGAGGAUAUUGUCAAGAGACGUGGUACUUUCCCUCCUGUGCAGUAUCCAUCGUCUGUGAUGGCAGAUAAGCUGUAUAGGCUUUUGUCGGAGCAUGCGAGGAAAGGGACUGUUGCGCAGACAUUUGGGGCGAUGGAUCCUUUGCAGGUGACUCAGAUGGCCAAGUAUUUGGAUACGGUUUAUGUUUCUGGAUGGCAGUGUAGUUCUACGGCGUCUACUUCCAAUGAGCCAGGGCCAGAUCUUGCAGAUUACCCUAUGGACACAGUGCCUAAUAAGGUGGAUCAUUUGUUUAAGGCGCAGCUGUUUCAUGACAGGAAGCAGCGGGAGGCCCGGUUGGCGUGCUCGAGCCAACGGGAGCUGGACGAGUUAGGGCCUGAGAUUGAUUACUUGAGGCCUAUUAUUGCUGAUGGAGAUGCAGGGCAUGGUGGGCUGACGGCAGUUUACAAGCUGACCAAGAUGUUUAUUGAGCGCGGUGCAGCGGGGAUUCAUAUGGAGGACCAGACGUCCAGUAACAAGAAGUGUGGUCACAUGGCGGGCCGUUGUGUGAUCCCGGUACAGGAGCAUAUCAAUAGAUUGAUAACGGUGAGAAUGUGUGCCGAUGUUAUGGGGUCGAACUUAGUUCUUGUUGCACGUACAGACUCGGAGGCCGCAACACUUAUCAGUUCGACCAUUGAUGUCAGGGACCAUUAUUUUAUCGUCGGAGCGACAAACCCCGAGGUCAGAGAGGGAUUAGCAGAGGUUUUGAAUGCCGCGCAAAUGGCGGGCGUAUAUGCGGAUCAGCUUGCACGGAUUGAGAAUGAAUGGAACAGCCGGGCCAAGUUGAGAUUGUUUCAUGAGGCCUUCGCUGAUAAGGUGAAUGAGAACAGACAUAUAAAGGAUAAACAGGGUGUGAUCGCGAAAUUCAACGCUAAGGUCAGCCCGUUUACUGGAGCGUCUUUAAGACAGAUGCAGGCCUUGUCACGUGAAUUGAUUGGAGAAGAAAUAUUCUUCGAUUGGGAUCUACCUCGUGCUAACGAAGGUUUGUAUCGUUACAAAGGUGGGACAGACUGUGCCAUUAUGAGGGCACGUGCUUUUGCUCCUCAUGCGGAUUUGGUCUGGAUGGAAAGUAACUAUCCGGAUUACCAACAGGCCAAAGAUUUUGCUGUAGGAGUUACAGAGAAAUUCCCAGGCAAAUGGCUCGCUUAUAAUCUAUCUCCAAGUUUUAACUGGCCCAGAGCCAUGUCUCCUAAGGAGCAAGAAACCUUUAUACAGAGGUUGGGCAAGUUGGGAUACGUCUGGCAGUUCAUCACUUUGGCUGGAUUGCACACUAGUGCUCUGGCCAUCGAUAACUUCUCUCGCGAAUUUAGCAGACAAGGUAUGAGAGCUUACGCACAGGGUAUUCAACAGAGAGAAAUGGACGAGGGUGUUGAUGUCUUAAAGCAUCAAAAGUGGGCUGGGGCUGAAUACAUUGAUGGUAUCCUAAAGCUCGCCCAGGGGGGUGUUUCAGCAACUGCUGCAAUGGGCAAGGGUGUGACGGAAGAGCAAUUCAACUCCGAAUCUGCUGAAGCAAAGUUAUAA